ACUAAAGUAAUAUCCGGAUGUUGAAGCUGCAAAAACAUUGGGAUGCUGCAGACAAUUCGUUUAAACCAGAUUUGAGAAGAUGUGUCACCAAGCAGAAUGGCUGAGUGUGUUCAAGGUAGCCAUGUACGCGACGAGUCAGUUGAUUCGCAGUGCAGCUCUGCUUCGGGAUCCAGUAGCACGGGGGAAACUGAACGCUUAAGAAAGCUCUUUGAGACUUGCGAUGAUGAUGCUGAUGGAUUUUUGAGCAGAGACAAUUUUGUGUAUAUGUGCAAACAGUUGAGCCUUGAAGAGUGGACAACAGAUAUACUGGAGCAGUUGGGAAUCGGGACUUCAUCGCGGAUUUCAUUUGACGACUUCAUUCGUUUUCGCUCACAGGUUUUAGAGCCUGACUCCGGGCAGGCAGUUGAUGAGACGGACACUGGGAUAGACCUGAACAUGAGUAGGGCUCACACUCAGAUCACGUCUUGGCCCACCAUGAGCACUGACAGCAUGGGGGCCCUCUCUGGUCGCCCCGAUAGUCUGGACUAUGACAGCGGGGCUCGGGACCUGCAGAGCCCAGAGCCCUUCGUGAGCCUCGGGCGUAUGGUGGAGUCACAUGACCCGACCCUCUACAGGGAGGUCACGGAGGUCAACAGCGUGGGGCAGAGACUUAUGGACCUCGCUAACAGGCUACAUCAAGCCUCUUUGACGUCACUCAAGGGUGAGAUUGUGGACCUACGCAGUCGACUGCAGCGGGAAAACCUGGAACGUGACGGUCUGGAGAAACAGCUAGGAAAACUGCACGCAGAGCACAGGAACCUACAGGACGACUGCGAGGAGCGGGUGGAUGAGCUGACAUUCCGGUACGAGGAAAGGAUCACAGAGCUGCACAGCGUGAUAGCUGAACUUAGGAAGAAGAUAGAGAGGAAUACAAUCAAUGUCAUCAAAGAAGAGGACGAAGAUGACCUAGAUCCAGCUGUAAGCACGAAGAGUCAAGAUGGUGGAAGUUUGAUUGAGGCCCAGUCACAAACACAUGAGUCGGGCUGCGACCUUGGCUCGGAGCUAUCGCGGGUUGUGAUCGAGCUGCAGACGACGAUACAUGAGCGGAAGAAGCGAGCCACAGAGACAGUGGGAGACCAGGAGUCAGGGGUAGAUAACCUCGCACUGCUGGGGGAGGAUGACGGGGUGGAGGAACAGGCGUUGGAGGUUUGUAAGAAUUUGGAAGACUUUAGUUUUGAGCCGGACCAAUCAGAGCUCUCGGUGGGUGGCCUACGCCCAGCGACCUUUCACCCCCCACCUCCACCCCCUCCAAAUGAGUUCCCUGAUCCAGGCUAUCUGCAAGAGGAAGUUACUUUACUUAGGAAUGAGAACACAGCUCUACAGGAGCAGAUAAUCAAACAGGAACAAGAUCUGCAGCACCUUAGACUGGCUCUGGCCAAUCUUACUGAGGAGAAGAACAAGUUCAAAAAGCAGGCCACAGAGCAGACCUCACGCAGUCCUGUCAACAGCAGGACCUCCACACCCACCAAGCAGCCCCAGAGCACAAACCUGGACAGACCCAGUGUUAAUAUCACCCCAACCAAGGCCUCUGAUAACUUCCCAGUUGCGAAGGUGGCAGAACUCAAGAAACUGAAGACUUCUACCAGCGAGAAAUCAGUGAUCAGCAAUGUUGGGAUGCCAAAUACAAAGGUUGCAGAACACCUUGUUCAGAGUCUUUGGAAAUGUUCUAAUGUUCAAGAAAUAGUGCAAAAUGCCACGGAAAAGUCUGGACUCACUGAGGUGGACUCUAGAGUGACGGAAUUUGAGAUCGAACUGGAGCGUCUUCAGAGCCAAAUAGACAACUAUAAAUCACAGAUUGAUGUGUGUAAUUUAACGUUGGAGGAGUCAAAAGCAAAUUGUGAUAGAUUGACGCUGUUACUUGGAAAGUACGAAUCAAACAAUACCGCUCUUCAAAUGGUAUUGAGUUAUAGCGGGUCAUGUAUAGAGACGUAUGAAAUUAUUUGUGCAUUGCUGGAGAGUGAACUUGGGGUUGUGUUGGCCAACUGUCGGGCAGCUGGCUUGGGUUCUCUAGGAGGUGAGAGUUUCUCAGAGGACCAAGACGAGAUCUCCUCCAUUCUCCAGCGGGCUCACCAGUCACGUAGAGCCGCAGAAAACGUGAGCAAGCACCUGCUACACAAGCUAGACAAGUCUUUCAAUGCUUAUUCAUCGUUCAGCACGUGUACAGGACGACAUUCACCUGGUGGGCAGUCUUGGGCAGAUCUGAACACGUCAUCGUCCGGGAAAUAUACUGCCAACAGCUCCUCAGGUUUCUGUGACACUGAGUUCACAAAGCAUGACGAGCGCCGCCUCCGAGACUACGUGCACAGGCUGAAGCAGGAACAAAGCAAGGUGCACCUGACGGUGAUGGAGCUGGAGAGUGUGUACUCAGACUCGAGUCUUGAGAAGAAGAACCGAGCGGACGCCCAACGUCUGGACCUUGAGAAUGCCGUCAUCAUGCAGGAGCUUAUGGCUGUCAAGGAGGAGAAAGCGGACCUGAAGGCCCAGACGUACCUGCUGGAGAAGGAGAAGAGGUCCCUGGAACUGAGGCUGGGCAGCAUGCAGUCACAGGAGGCGGCAUACCUCGUGCAGAUAGAGCACCUCAAGGCAGAGGUCACAGAGAGGUCACGGGAUGGCAUUGAGAGAGAUCACGAGAGGGCAAGGUCACAUGAUGACCUGGCAGAGAAGACUGGUAGUGAUUGUUCCUCUCCUUCCAUCUCAUUGGUCAAUCCAUCGGCCAGUGACCAAUCAGACAUUCUUCAAGAGCUCACAGACGCUUUGAAACGUGAGAAAAAGCUCAAGACCCAGGUGUCUGAGCUGGUGGGAGCUCUGGAGAAGCUGUCCCACAACUCUGAAGUGCGACAUCAGCAGUCGGCCGAGUUUGUCAACGACCUGAAACGGGCAAACAGUGCCUUGAUAUCAGCAUUUGAUAAAGCCAAAAAGAAGUACCAGGCCAAACUGAAGAAGCUGGAGUCACAGAUGCAGUCCCUGACAGAGAGAUACGAGUCACAGAUACGAAUGCUGAAACAGCGGCUGUCUAGACAGGAAGAGGAAACACAACAAAGACUGGCCAGCGAGACCUCCUUGUAGCCAUACUUGUAUUCGUGUAGAACAUUUAGUUUUAUCUUGUUUGUCCAUGCCAGGUCUUUAUUCUUGUAACAGGGUCAUGUAUUCAUAAAAGUCAGAUUUAAGUUGAUCUUUUAUGUAUCAUGUUUGAUUCAGUACUUGUUUAUAAUAUAUUGCGGCUAUAUGCUGACAAUUAUACAAACUAUAUGAGGCCUACAUCUGAGUUCUUGCAACUGUGAACGUUCAAGAGUUCAGUCAAUAACAUUAUCUAAUCAAACGAGGCACACAAAAGUGUGUUAUAAAUCACAAUAAAUAAAAUGCUCUGCUGUAUCUUGAAUGUCAAAAUUUAGCCUUUUUCUGGAAAUAAUUCUGUAUAUGCUUGUGCGUAAAGUGUUUCCGGGAUUAGCAUGCUCAGUCUCUGGCUAAUCAGGGAAGCCUUUAUGAACUUUUGUGUUUAAAAGAAAUCUGUUCUGAAAUGAAAAUCCAGCCUAGACUGAAAGUGUUGUCCAAGAUUAGUCAGUGCAGACCACACAGACUUGUCUAGCACAAUACUUAAAGCACAUACAUUAAGCCUUGUUUUCCCAAUUUGAGGCCCACUUAUAGUCCUAUAGUUUAAUAUGUGUAUGAAUGUACAAUCCUUGUAGCUUAUAGACAGUGGAUAAGGCUAUUGCUUGUUCUUCUGUGAAUUAUGUUUAAGAACAACAAUUUACUUUAAUAUCAUUUUUGUACUCACUCACUGUUAGUGGUUUACCGUAUUUGUGUCACAAAUGGAAUAAGACACUGUCGCUUGAUUGGUCAUUGUCGGCUAGGGUACUACUUAAAUGUUGCUGGUUACUCUUAAGUAUACUUUAAUGUACUAAGAUACGGAAAAUAUACUUAAACGUACCCAGCCAAUUAAGGUUGAGCUCAAGUUGUAUUCCCGCCAAAAAUCUUGAUGCGCUAAGGGAUUAUACAAAACAAAAUUCUUACAUAUGAACAUAAUUUAUUUGAAACAAAUAGAUGACAAUGACCAAUGUAGCGCUCGAAUUCCAGGGUACGUUUUAGUAUAUUGUCCGUACCCCUGGUACAUUAAAAAAUUAUUGGGAGUACCAGGGGUACUUUUAAGUAGAACUCGAGCCAACAAUGACCAAUCGAUGGUUUACAUUUUAACAAAUAAACAUUAAAAUGUUCUGCUUACUGUAUAGUAGAAGUAUGCUCCACACAUUAAAGUCCACUUCAUCAUAUAAUUAUGUAAGCAUGUGUCUACACACAAAAAAUAAGCUAAGUAUUUUGUGAAAAUUGUUGAUGUCACCGUAGUCGUUCAAAGAAAAAUUCAAUGUUGUCAAGUGUGGAUAUUUAUAACUCUUGGUUCCAUCCAAACAGUGCUUUGCUAUUUUAUGUUGUUUUUUUUUUUAAACCAGAUAGGUUGUGUGUAUUUUUUUUAUUUAAUUGAUUCUGUGUACAUUUUCUAUUUUGCUAAGAUGGUGCUAUUAUGCUUGUGUUGUUUUGCUUCUUAAUUUAGUUUGAAUGUUUUGAAGUUUUGUACCAUGUUGCUUAAAGAUCUGAGUUUCUCACAGUGCAUUUAUUGAUAUGAUCUGGUAAUAUGGAUGGGUAUCAGUCUCAUUCCAACAAUUCAUUUUUGCUUUUACAAUCAGGUUUGUAAAAAAGUUAUUAUUUAAGAAAAAAAUAAAUAAUGCAAAUUAGAGUGAUACUGAGAGACAUUUUCUGGGAAAAAAAACUGGGCUUUAUGCUUUUGAAUAAAGUAUUGUCCCACAUUAGCCUGUGCAGUUCCCAUAGGCAGUCUGUGCAGUCCCCAUAGGCAGUCUGUGCAGUCCCCAUACAGUCUGUGCAGUCCCCAUAGGCAGUCUGUGCAGUCCCCAUAGGCAGUCUGUGCAGUCCCCAUAGGCAGUCUGUGCAGUCCCCAUAGGCAGUCUGUGCAGUCCCCAUAGGCAGUCUGUGCAGUCCCCAUAGGCAGUCUGUGCAGUCCCCAUAGGCAGUCUGUGCAGUCCCCAUAGGCAGUCUGUGCAGUCCCCAUAGGCAGUCUGCGCAGUCCCCAUAGGCAGUCUGUGCAGUCCCCAUAGGCAGUCUGUGCAGUCCCCAUAGGCAGUCUGUGCAGUCCCCAUAGGCAGUCUGUGCAGUCCCCAUAGGCAGUCUGUGCAGUCCCCAUAGGCUUAUUAGGGAGAACACUUUCUUAUUUUAUUAAAAUUUGUUAAAAUGGAGUCUUUUCUAAGCAAAAAACCAGUUUAUGUGUUAAGUAUCCGAUUAGAUGCAUAUGAUAAGCCUGUGCAGACUUCACAGGCUGAUCUGGGACAACUCUUUACACACAUGCAUUAAGCCCAGUUUUGUCAGAACAAGGCUCAUAUAUAUUUUGAUAAUCAUCAUUUGAUCUUAAAACUUUCGUUUGCCACAAGCAGUUACUUACCCAUAAUUGGAAUACACACCCAACCAUGUUUAGAGCUUUAAAAGAAUUUGUCAUUUCAUAUGUUCAUAUUUAUUCUAUAAUGAUAAAUUCUGAGUAAUUUUUUCUUACAAAGAUAUAUUAUUUCGUUUGAUCAUGUGCCUGAAAGGCAGUUAAGAUCUGUAAACUAUUUUGUACAUGAUAAAUGCAGAUUUUUUUGCAAUUUCCUGUUUGAUUGUCCCCUGCCAGUGAAAUCAGAGGGGACUUACGGUUUGCGCUCUGUCCGUCAGUCAGUUUGUCAGUCCGUCACACUUUCCUGGAUCCUGCGAUAACUUUAAAAGUUCUUCAUAUUUUUUCAUGAAACUUUAAAAUGGAUAGACGGCAAUAUGGAGAUUAUGAGUGUCAUUUCAUAUUGUUCCUACGUCAAUAAUUUUGGUUGCUAUGGCAACAAAUAUAAAAAAUCUGACUUUUGUGGAGUUUCACCGGUAGGGGACCAUAUUGCUUGGCAAUCUCUUGUUUAAAAUAGCUUUUUAUUAUGACUCAUUAUAGGAAAAUUAAAAGUAUUUAUUUAUUAUAUUUUCAAAGGAAAUUAUGAUUACAAAUCAGGGUUUGUAUUUAACAGACUAGUAAAAAAGUCACAGGUAUCAUGACAGGAAUAUGUAGGUUACAGUUUCAAUAGGCUGUGGUGACUUACAUCUUGUAUGCCAGUUGUAUGGCAUGUCUAGGCUGUGGUGACUUACAUCUUGUAUGCCUGUUGCAUGGCAUGUCAAUAGGCUGUGGUGACUUACAUCUUGUAUGCCAGUUGCAUGGCAUGUCUAGGCUGUGGUGACUUACAUCUUGUUUGCCUGUUGCAUGGCAUGUCUAGGCUGUGGUGACUUACAUCUUGUUUGCCAGUUGCAUGGCAUGUCACUAAACAGUUGAGCCUUCCUCUGGGAAAAGGGGGUUUAAUGCACGUGCAUAGUGUCUUCCCAGAUUAGCCUGUGCAGUCCGCACAGGCUAAUCAGGGAAACAAUUUCCGUUUUUAUGAUUUAUUUCGUUUCCAGAAAGUCUCUUCAUAGCAAAAAUUAAGUUUAAGCGGAAAUGGUCGUCCCUGAUUAGCCUGUGGAAAGACACUUUACGCACAUGCAUUAAACCCCAUUUUCCCAGAGCACGGCUCAAAUCGUUAACUAACAAGUGUUUGUUGAAACGGUCUCCUGUGCACAUAUAAAGUUUUGUAUCGGAUGUAGUAGUAUAUAUGCAUAUGUGGCGUAAAUAAUCAGUGUUAUCAAGCAAGCAAGUGGAGACAUAUCCAAGGAGAUUUCUCAACAUGAAAAUGUACUGGAAGUAUGUAAUGUUUGUUAUGUAUUACUUACAUGAAUAAUUAUGAAAAGUCUUUAAUGAUCUUAAUUUUCGCUUAAUGAUACAAAUUCCCUGUUCUUUUGAGCUAUUGUAUAUUUGCUCUAUGCAUUUACUGCUGUAUCCGACAUGCAAGUCUUUUAUAAAUCAUUUCAGAAAAAGGUCUUCAAUUUUGUUCUCAUGCUCACGCCAUGCUCACUAAAAAGUCCGUGCUUUCAAUGCUGUUGGCAUAAUCCAGGCUGUAUUUUAUACCUGGUCUAUUAAUAAUAAAGCUGCGCACUGGAAUAACCGGUUAAGUGCAUGUGCAUAGAUGCCGUUCCAGAUUAACCUGUGCCAUCCGCACUUUAUUAUACUGGACAACAUGUCAAAUAGUAAUAAAAUUUACAUACAAAAGCACGA